AUGAGCAGAAGUAGGGAAAGAGUCAUCGAAGUAGUGGAAAAUUCUUUUUCAGAGAGUGGAAAGGUUUCCCCAGAAGACUUACUCUUUUCCUACAAAGGUAUUUUAUACCCUGCAACACUUAGCAGCCCAGAAACUUUGGAAGCUCUGAAAUCCUUUGAAACCAGGAGUGACGAUGUGUUUCUAGCAGGCUAUCCUAAAACAGGAACCAACUGGCUUGGCCAAAUGGUGAUGGAUUUGGAAUCAACAGAUGCCAAAUAUACAGAAGAAGAAAUGAAAGAGAGGAUAAAUGCUGAAAAGAUGCUAGAGAUGUUUCCACGUCUAGAAUUUGGUGAUCCCGGGAUAUAUGAGAGGAUGAAGAAACUGCCUUCCAGAAGAAUUAUACAAACUCAUCUCCCCCCUCAUCUCCUGCCACCAUCCGUUCUCCAAAGCAAGGCUAAGAUCCUUGUGCUGUUUCGGAACCCCAAAGACACGGCUGUCUCUUAUUACCACUUCUAUAACAACAUGCCAUUGCUGCCAUCUUUCACCUCCUGGGAUGAGUACUUUGCAGCCUUCAUGAAUGGGAAAUUGGCCUGGGGGUCCUACUUUGACCACUUAGUGGAAUGGAACAAAUACAUCGACCAUGAAGGGAUCAUGAUGAUAAACUAUGAGGAACUCAAAGAGGACCAGGUACUGGGAAUGAAAAAGAUUGCUGCCUUCUUUGGAUUCUCUUUGUCUGAGGAAGAUUUUUCCAGAAUUGCUGAGAAGGCCAGUUUCCAAGCUAUGAAAGAGAAAUCCAGGGAAACCCAUGGAAAGUUUGGAGACAUCCUCUUCCGGAAGGGGGUUGUUGGGAACUGGAGAGAGUUCUUCUCUAAAGCUCAGAGUGAAGAAAUGGAUCAAAAAUUUGAAGACUGCCUAGGAGGAACAAAGCUGGCAACAAAGAUGAAAUAUGAUGUGUACUGCAAGGUCUCAAAAUAA